AUGGUUACGAUGUCAAGUCCGACGGUAACUUCAGUUGACUCGCCACUGCAAAUAAAAACUGUGACGUCGCGAAUUAGUAAUUUUAGCGUUGCAUCGUUAUUAGCAGAUACGCGAUCAAAGACACCGCCACCCUCAAGAAUUAUUGCAAAUCACAUUGCACUCUCAAAUAAUAAUAACAACAAUGAGAUUUGUCUCACGCCGAAGAAUCUGUCAAUGUCACAAGCAAGUUCGUGUUCACCAAACUCACAAAAUAAUGACAGCAGUAACUCGAUAAAGUGUCAUAACGACAGUGAAUUAUUGGAUCAACGAUCUCACACGCCUCACAGUUCAAUUGCAUCAGAUGAUUACGAUGACUCGAUACAUGACGAGGACGAUGAAGAUGUUGAUAUUGAAGAUGUGAAUAGUGAAAAUAGUACAAACAGUCCUCAAAAGUCGUCAUCAUCAAUAGGAUUAUUACCUUCACAAUCAUUGGUCGGUGGAGCUGUUCCGAUUAGACCAACACCUUUCAGUGCAUUAGCUGCAGCAGCAGCUGCUUGGGGUGGCAUGAGUAAUGGUGUUGGUGGAUGGCCAGGACGACAAUUGCCACCUUUCGGUCCACCAGGACUUUUCCCUGGUCAAGGAUUUCCAAAUCAAAUGAAUGGAGAUAAUGAUCCACCUCGAUUAAAGUGUCACUUAAGAAAACACAAACCGAAUAGAAAACCGAGAACUCCCUUCACCACCCAACAGUUGCUUUCACUCGAGAAAAAGUUCCGCGAGAAACAAUAUUUAAGUAUAGCAGAACGAGCAGAAUUUUCGUCUUCCCUUCGACUAACCGAGACACAAGUGAAGAUCUGGUUUCAAAAUCGACGAGCGAAAGCGAAAAGACUACAAGAGGCUGAGCUUGAAAAGAUAAAAAUGGCAGCACUUGGGAGAGCCGGUCCAGGUGCAGCACAACUUUACAUGGGAUAUUUCCACCCAAGUCUUAUGGGAGGCGCUAUGCACUUAGGCUAA